CACAAGUUUGGCGAACUUCGCCUCGAAAGGAAAUGAAUUUAGUGUCAUUGUUUACAGCGAUCACAGUGUAUGUGGAGUAGUUGGGCUGAUACUCACAAAGAUGACCCUGAUCUGACGGACAAAUCUCAUUAUGGCAGGAAGGAAAUCAGGGAAGAAGGAAAGUAUUAUGUCCUUACUGGCCGAUGAAACCCCAUCCGAUGGAGCUGAGGUGAAGGACUGUCCAGUUAUCUCCCCUCCUCACACAAGGACUCGUUCUGAGAAGGGCAAAGCAAAUGCUAAAGUAUUAUCUCCCCCAAGUUCAGGAAACCAGUCUCCUGAUCCAAACUGCUCAAUAUGCUUGGGGAAGCUGGAGAACAAGUCCUUCACAGACAGCUGUUUUCACAUGUUCUGCUUUGCCUGUUUGUUGGAGUGGUCGAAAGUGAAACCUGAAUGCCCCCUGUGUAAGCAGCCUUUCAAGAGCAUUAUUCACAAUGUGCGAUCAUAUGAAGAUUAUGACCAGUACCAUAUUCAGGAGGCCCAGGAGAGACCGGAGUUUCCGUGGGACAGCCCAGAAGGGUACCGUUUCCGUUACAGAACCACUGUCACCUUUGACAGGCUAAUGGAGGCGCAUUAUGAAGAACAGCAGAGGCAAUUGAGAUUGCUUCAGCGGCCUACCUUGGUUACUACCAGACGCCACUGGCGCAGACGCAGGCAAGGCGCUACCUCUGAAUUCCGACACCGUAUCUACCUGAAUGGGAUGCGCGUGAAGCGCGUGACAACUCGGCAAACGCGACAGCGCAAGACAGGCCCAAAUUUUUACAGAAAUAACCCAGCAUGUACACACAGACUAGUGCCUUGGCUGAACCGUGAACUCAACGCCCUUCUGCACAGUCAUCCAGAGCAUGUACACUUUCUGUUGGAGCUUAUCAUGGACUUAAUCAAGCGGUUUGAAAUUGAAAGCGAUGAAUUUUUUGAACACGUUCAUACAUACCUAGGAAGGCAUGCCCGUCAUUUUAUACAUGAGUUCACCAGCUUUGCCCGCUCUCCAUACGAUAUGAUCGCGUACGAUGAACAUGCAAUGUAUGAACCGUACACAGAGACGAUCGAGUCUGACAAUGAAUCUCCCUUUUCCAGUCCAGGAAGUGACAUCAUUAUUGUUGAUGAGGUCGCUACAACAGAACCAGUUGGGGUUAGAAACCCAAAAAGAAAACGAAACAAGUUCAAUUUACCGUCAGAUACUCACAACCCUGAGCCUCCGCAGAACAAGGAGGCCUUGUCACCGCUUACAGUGGAUACCCGACCCACAGCCAUCUCAGGGUGGGACUCGCCCACCCCAGGGCCCUCUGGGCUCUUUGCUUCCCCAGUGACCUCCGAGACUGUCUCCUCGACAGUCACAACUGUUGUUACAACAACGCCAACACUUAGCUCCUCAGGCGUGCUCUCAGUGGCAGAACUGGCUCCUAAAAAGGAUUUCAGUGAUGUUCCAGCAGCACCAGAAAAUGUAACCAGUGACAGCGAGAACGAUUCCGAUGGAAGUAGUGUCGUUAUUGUGAAGGUGGAGAAACCAUGGGAUGAGAGGACACCGAUUACGCUUUCUUCAGAUUCUGAGGAAGAGCGAAUGCUACAGGCGGAGAUUUCAGGCACUCAGAAAGAGGCUGAGACCAAACAGAAGGAUUCCAGCUUUGGUAGUGCAGUGUCCAGUAACUCUAGUUCUGAUCUCAUUGAUGUGGUGACUGUCACCAUUGAUAAGAGUCACAAGAAGAGAAAACACAGGCAUCAUGACAGCGGAAGAAAAAGUCGCAAACGCAAACAUUCUAAAGAAACCAGUGGACAUUCCUCAUCAUCCAAAAAAUCUUCACGGGAUGCCAACGCAAAAGAAGACAAGAGCUCUAAAACGUCCAAGCAUUCCAAAAAGCGACAGUCAAGGAAAUCAGAUUACGACAGAAGAAAGAGCAGAAAACAUGAAUCGUGGCACUUAUCCCAUUCUCGCAGUCGUGAUCGCAGAGAGCGCACCCCGCCAUCCUGCGUGUAUGGAUAUGAGAGUCCUGUGGCUGGCAAAUUUGGGGAGUUCUUUCAGUGGUUACAACACAAUGAACUCAGUCACGACCAUUUUUCUCCAGAAGAGUUAGAUCCAGUCAAUUUGUUUUCAGGCCAUAAGGUGUCAUCUUAUUCAGGUCGACAUGGGAGAUAUGCACGUUCAAGGUCACGCUCAAGGUCAUAUGACACGAUAUGGCCGAACAGCAGCAGGUCCCGAUCACCGACAUUGUCGAUUUCACCAAACAAGAAGGCUCGAAGCUGGGAUAAGCAUUCCCGUAGCAGGAAGUCCAGAAGUAGCAGCGUAGAAAUCAUCCAAGUUGUGACAGGCGGUGUCAGCCAGCAGAGGAAGAGUCACAAAAAGCACAAGAAGCACAAAAAGCACAAACAUAAAAGGUCUAAGACUGAAACCAUUUCAGUUGACAAGCCUGUAGAGGUGGUAGAGUUGGAACCAGAGCCUGCUGAUGAUAAGGGGUCACAGGAAAUGAUGGAGGAUCCGCAGCAGCCGAGCACUGCUGUUGAAGCUUUGGUGACCCCAUCCUGUAGUAAAUCUCCAGAUGAGAAAAAGUUCAAGAAACACCCUACCGGGCACAAAACGUCUUCAAAACCGGUGAAAAUAAAGCGGGACACUGUUUUGAUGAAGGACUUACAGAACAAAGCCAAAGUGGUAAAUGAGAGCUCUAAUGAAGAGCAAAGAGAAAAUAGGCUAGAGCCUUCUGCAAGUGAGGCUUUUGAGUUGAAUAACUGUCAUGAAAAGUUAGAGUCAAACAAAGCUGUUGUUAGUCCCCAGAACAAGGCUGUGUCACAGACAGGGACUGACGUUAUAGAGAGGACGUCUCAUGAGCCUCUAGUGUCAAACUUAACCAAGGAGGACAAUAAAAGUGACUGGCAGAUUAAUGGUGGGGAUGAAGACAGUGUUGAGAUUGAUGUUGUCACAGUUGGUGACAUAUCAUUAGAAACAGCAGCCGCUGAAAAGGGGACAGAUGUUGUACCUGCCUCAGAUGGCAUGUUUGAAACUGUAGAAACAUCCAUAUCAGCCGAGGAGUCAUUAGAGGAGGUGUUAGAUGUGGUGUCUGUCGAUCCACCAGAUAACUCAUUUUCUGAAUCAGGCAAAAGACGUUCUGAGAAGAUUGAUGUGUUUUCAGUUAACCCCCCAGAGUUCAUUAACAAAUGUACUGAGAGGAUAGAUGAGGUAUCGUUUGAUUGUCCAGAUGACUUAAUUUUGGAAUCGGGCAAGACAUACAGUAACAAAAUGGAUUUAGUAUCAAUGGAUCCCACAAGUGACUCACUUUCUGAGUCAGAUAAAGCUGGCUCAGAGAGUGAAGACAUCGACAUUACAUCUUGUGAUACAUCUGGCAACGAAGUUCAAGAAAUUGGCGGUGUGUCUUGCCGUGAACCUCCCCACGGGAAUCUCUCUGUCAGUUCUUCUGAACCAAAAGAUAUAUGGUUUGACAUACAUGUACCUGUGGAAACAGAGAAGGAUCGAAAUUUGACAGAGAACACCACUGCACAUGCUGCCAGUGCUGUACCUGACGCGAUAAUAGACGUAUCGCAGAAGAGCUCUACCGAGCAUCUUCCUGAGCCUCAAAUUGAAAAGGUCCUCUGUGAGAUCGAAACUAAGCGAUUCGUCUCAUGUGAUGAAAGCUUUCCACUUGAGUUGAAGGCAGAGAACUGUGAUUCAGUCAAACAAUCAGGGUAUUCUUCACUGGAAAAUAGCAGUGUUGAUGCAGAUAAUUCAGCAUCUUUGAAGGAUCCAAAGCAAACCCCAGUGGAAGCUGAAAUAGGAAAUUGUGCUGAUGGUGCAGAUGAUGUGACAGACAUGACAAAGGGAAAUAAAAUUGUGUUCUCACAUGGUUUUGAAGAAUCGGUGAAUAGGGAAGUCAAGGAUUCUUCUCCAUCUGAAGGAUGUGGGGAGAGAUGCAUAUCUGUAGAUGAGGACAAUAGCUGUGGUAAUGACAAACCUGAGGUGAAGGCCAGCAAUGGGAUGCAUGGAGCUCUGGCUGGCAUCACUGAACAUUGUGUACCUGAAAAGUACACCCCACACAGAGAUUUACCUGAUGCCAAUCCUGAUCAGGCACCUAGUAGUCAUGAGAAAUCUUAAAUCUUAUCCAUAAUUUCAUUUCAAGCCUUUAAAUUUUAAUUUACAAUGUUCUUUCUCUGUUUUCGCUCUUUUUAAAAGUUUGGCAGUAAUAUACCUGUGCUCAUACAUGUAAUUCUAUCAAAUUUGUUCUGCAGAAUCUGACUGAUUUGAGCACAGAUUUGUUCCCUCUCACAAAUUAAUCACUAAAAUCUUUUAGGCUAAAAUUUAUUACAUGCAUGUUUCUGAGGAUAAAUUUGCAAAGCUAAAAUUCUGUAUUUUCUUGACAUCUUGAACUGUACAGGUAUCACUCAUCAUAUUUCAUGAAACGAAUAUGCAGUGAUUUCAAAUCGUAUUGUUACAUAAUUGUAAUAUGUGUAAGUGUUGAGCAGAGUUCGUAAUAUAGGGAUACACUUUAAAGGAACAUUUUUCUCGCAUUUUAUAAAGAUGUGUUUUAUCCCUAGCCCUAAGUGUAAAAUUUUAAGUGUUCAAGGGGCCUACCUUUUGAUUUUAUAGCCUUAGAAGGUCCUUAGCAACAUUUUGGUUGUUUGUUUCAAAAAGUAUCUAUGUAAUACAUUCUCCAAACUCUCUUCUAACCUUUUCAGUACAUGCGUCUAAAACACCAAGAAAAGUUAAGGGAAGAUGGCUUAAAAUUUAAGGUUUAAGGUGUUUACUGUGGGAUGUGAGGUCUCCAGCAUAUGUUGUCAAAAAGGGAUAUUCUGUGUAAAACGUUUUGUUGAUUUUUUGUUUUUGUUGAUGGGAUCAGUUCUGAUGAAGCAAAAUGAAAAUAUUAAUGAGAAUUUAAUGAAACUGCAUACAUCAAUAUUUAAGACUUUCUCAAUCAUAGUUUGUUUUUCUUCAUUUCUGUUAUGACUCGUUAGUGGUAGACUACCAGUGA